AUGCUAGCUUUGUUACCAUACUUCUGCAAGAUCAUAUUGGUGGCUUACAAGUUCUUCAUGAUAAUCAGUGGAUUGAUGUAACUCCAACUCAUGGAGCUCUAGUGGUCAACAUUAGGGAUCUUCUACAGGUGAGAGUAUCUUCAUUCAGUUCCAACAAUUUUUCAAAAUUUGCAACCUAGUCCCUUAAUAUAAAAAUUAUAUUUUAGUCCCUACCUUUUGAAUCAAGUAUAAUAAGAAUUUGAUUUGAUUAUUAGAUGGCAUAGAUUUUUGGAAUCAAAUAUCUAGUUGCUUUAUUAAAUCCAAGUUAUGACAAUAAUUCAGUUGUCCUUUUAUGCAAAGGAUCCUAGGAAACAAACAAAGAUAGCUCUUCCUUUCACCUACUCCUCUUCAAUCCCUUUGACUUUGUUUUGAACCCAUCAAAGUUUCUUUCAUUUCAAAAUUAUCACAGAGACUACCUCAAAUUGUUAUGAUGGCUACAAUCACAAGUGAUGAUUUAGCAGAAAAUUCUCCAAUCUAUGACAGAAAAAGUGAACUAAAAAAAUUUGAUGAGUCAAAGGUUGGUGUCCAAGGACUAAUAGAAAAUGGAGUAACAAAAGUUCCACAUAUGUUCUAUCAUGAUCAAUCUAAUAUUCAUGAUUUUUCAGUCAGUGAAUCAAACUCAAACCUUAGUAUCCCCACAAUUGAUUUAACAGGAAUCCAUGAUGAUCCUGUUUUGCGAGACGAAGUUGUGAGAAAAGUUCAAAAUGCUUCUGAGAAAUGGGGAUUCUUUCAAGUUACAAAUCAUGGAAUUCCAACACAUGUUUUGGAUGAGAUGGUCAAAGGAAUUUGUAGAUUCCACCAACAAGAUGCCAAGGUGAGGAAAGAGUAUUACACUCGCGAUUUCACUAAAAAAGUUGUUUAUCUUUCCAAUUUUACUCUUUACCAAGACCCAUCUGCUGAUUGGAGGGAUACUAUUGGAUUUUUCAUGGCACCUCAUCCUCCUAAAGUUGAAGAACUUCCAGCAAUUUGCAGAGAUAUUGUGAUUGAAUACUCAAAAGAAAUAACGGCACUUGGUUCUUCUUUGUACGAGUUAUUGUCGGAGGCUCUUGGCCUUAAUCGUCCCCGCCUUAAAGAAAUAGGCGGCGCUGAAAGUUUUUUCCAUGUAUGUCACUAUUAUCCACCAUGUCCGGAGCCAGAGUUAACCAUAGGCACUAGCAAACACACAGAUGCUAGCUUUAUUACAAUACUUUUGCAAGAUCAAAUUGGUGGUCUACAAGUUCUUCAUGACAAUCAAUGGAUUGAUGUGCCUCCCAUUCAUGGAGCUCUUGUAGUCAACAUUGGAGAUCUUUUACAGCUUGUGAGUAAUGACAAGUUCAAAAGUGUUGAGCAUAGAGUUUUAGCAAACCAUAUAGGCCCAAGAAUUUCAGUUGCAUCUCUUUUUAGAACUCAAGAUCAUUCACCUGAGUAUAUGGAAAAAGUUAUUGGUCCAAUCAAAGAGUUGUUAUCUAAAGAAGUUCCACCAAUAUACAGAGAUAUUUCUUUCAAAGAGUUUUUGGCUCAUCGUUUUGCAAAUGGUAUUGGAGUUUCUGCACUAUCACCCUACAAGUUGUGAUUUAUGCAUUAGAGAAUAUUAUUAUUAUUAUUUAACAUUAUAUAUUAGUAAAGGUAAUUUGGAAAACUAAGGUAAUUUAGUUUUUAUUUUUAUUUUUUAUAUUAUCUAAUAUUUAUAGUCUGUUGUAAUUUUUAUUUUAUAUACUUUUGUUAUUUUAAUGAAAAUCUUAAAAUCCAUUCUCUUUUGUUAAUAUAGUAUCAAAGGGUUCGGUUGACUCAAUGAGAUAUUUGUGACAGUAAAAAAAUCUCUUAUGACUUUGUUGUUACAGUUUGUUUUCUUACUUAUUCAAUUGAUUAGUCUCGUCAAUUUUGUGUUUAUGAUUUUUCUUUUUUUCUCUCUAUACAAAAAAUUUGAUAGAGUUUCAUUUGGGUUUUGAGUUUGAAUUUAUUUGAAUUUUAAUUUCUUAGAAAAGUAGUAGUGGCUAGUGAAAAAGAUGAUCCUCUUCAAUCUAUUGGUGUUCAACUCAAUGGACAAAAUUAUGAUUAAUGAAGUUGUGUAGUGAAAAUUUUUUUGAAAGGAAAAAGGAUGUGGAGUUACGUUGAUGGAACUUCUGUUGAAUCCACAGAUAAAAAAGAUGAAGCAUCGUUAUCUGUCUCGUUAUUGUAAGUCUACUCAGUUGCCUGAUUUUGUUUAUUCCACGUACCGUGCUUCUUUUUCUUCUUUUCUAACAUCUAUUCAGAGUUUGUCUGAGCCCUCUUCAAAUAAAUAUGUUAUACUUGACCCUCUUUGGCAGCCGACUAUGAUAGAAGAAUUCUCCGCUUUACACAAGACAAAUACUUGGGAGUUAGUAAGUCUUUCUCCUAGAAAACAUGCUAUUGAAUCUUGUUGGGUAUACAAAAUCAAAACUAAGUUUGAUAGCUCACUUGAUUUUUACAAAGCAUGUCUUAUUGCUAAGGGAUUCUCUCAAUAAUAUGAUAUGGAUUAUAAAGAAACCUUUGCUCCAAUGACCAAGAUGACCACUAUUCGGACUCUUAUUGGAGUUUCGUCGAUUCGCUGUGGAAUAUUUCUCAAAUAUAUAUUAACAAUGCUUUUCUAAAUGGUGAUUUUCACGAGGAAGUCUAUAUGGUAUAUUCUCCAUGUGUUUCUUAUAAUCACGGGGAAGUGUGUAAGUUGAAGAAAGCUCUAUAUGGUUUGAAACAAGCUCCAUGGGUUGGGUUUGAGAAGUUUGCCACUAUUAUCACAUCUCUUGGUUUUACUAUAGUGAUCAUGAUUCAACUUUAUUUGUCCCAACCACCUCUCAUGGUCUUAUUUUAAUUUCUUUAUAUGUUGAUGAUAUGAUAAUUACAAGUGAUGAUGUUAAUGGGAUUGGUGAUUUAAAAUUAUAAUUAGCCAAACAAUUUGAGAAGAAUGAUUUAUGUACUCUUUGUUACUUCUUGGGGAUUGAAGUUGCCUACUCUCCUAAAGGCUACCUACUUUCUCAAUCUAAGUAUAUUGCCAACAUCCUU